AAGUUACAAAUGUGAGCGGGUAUUCUAGUAAACUGUAAAGGUCUUAAACACUGUACUUGCCACAUAACCAUUGUCGAGUGCCAACUUUUAACGUCUUAUGGUAUGGCCGCCGGCAAGGGGAUCUAACCACCAAUCGUGUUUAAUAGUGUUAUAUGGUUUGGCUUGGCAAAUGUUGUCUAUGUUGAAUAAUAGUAUAACAGUGUUUGUUUUCCCUAUACAUACCGGCGAAUAAUACACAUGGUGCCGUUUUUGUCAUACAAAAUGGGUGCCGUUUUGACAUGAUUCCGUUUCAGCCUGAUCCCAUAUACACUCGUGACCCUCGCCAACAAGGUUUGACAUGUGAAUGCUGUUACGUCACUGCUCAUGCACGUAUAUCGACUGGGGCCUUCCUGCCGUGUUCAGUGACUGCAGCAGUUGCCGUCUCCUGAUUGUGUGUGCGCAUCAGGGAUCUUCACUAUUCACUUUUACAGGCAAUUCUCUGUGCUAGCAUGCUGCAAGAGCAACAAAAGAUUCACUUCAAACUCAAGUUUCACUGAUCUGGGUAAUGUAGCACGUGCAUUACUCAGCAAACUGUUGUAGUUCAGUUUGGGCGAUUGAUUCCUCCAGUUGAUGAACCGGACAUACCAUUGAUAUGGCUGGACCAGUGGACCCUCGCCUGAGGGAUAGUCUGAGUGAAGUCCCCCACUCUCUUCAACUCGACUACAUCAUUAACAUCAAAAAGGCAAAAUGUGUCUGCAUAUUGGACCGCAUCCAAUCAGAAAGAUUACUGCCAUGUGGGUUUGAAGAAGAACAAAUCAGACGAGAUAAUUUCUUAUCAUUACUUCAUUUCCACACAAAUCAAAAAGAGAAAGCUUCAGAAAUAAAUUCUAGAGUUUGUGAAAAUGUCCCAACUAAUAUAACAGCAUUAGUGAAUAAAGCCGUAAUGAAAAUGGCGACUGGACAUGAGUAUGCCUCCCAAGAAGCCAUCAGAGAGCUGGAUAAAUUGAGAGGGCGAGAUGACUACAAACAGUUACUAGCUUUAGCCACAGCAGAGCAGGCAUACUGCAUGUCUCGUAUAGGGCCUCACCUCUAUGUCCAAGCAAUUGAUCUUUUUGAAAAUGCCAUUAAUGAAUGUCCUGACCAGUACCUGUGGAAAUUCGGUUGUGCGUUAACUUGCAGAAGAUGCUUAGGGAUGCCUAAAUGUAUUGAGAACAUGACACCAGAAAGAGUUAAAGUGUUUUGUGAAAGAGCUGUACGAUAUCUUUCGGAAAUUACUAUCAACUGCAAGAAGCAACUUCUGAUUGCAAAAGCGUUUGUGGAGUUGGCUGACCUAUACCUCUUACUGGAGAAGCCUGCUUACCCUUUAACUCAGCAGAUUGUUGACCAAGUCAAUAUAGAAGGUCUAUCAUUGACUGCAGAGCAAUGCCUUGAUACAGCCCUUAAAACAGUCAAUGUGGCCUCUCUAGAAGAUGAGAUCGUUCUUGGAAGAUGUGGCAAACUUUUGCUUUUUGCCAGACACCCCUCUCAAUAUUCUCAUACUUUACAAAAAUGUUUAGAGUUACUAAAGAAGGCAUAUGCAAUCCGACCAAAUUCAUUCAUUUGUGAUCAUCUAGCAAAGAUAUUACUCAAAUUGGCAGAACAAGAUUUUGGUGGAAGCGGACGUGGACGUGGACGCGGACGUGGACGUGGACGCGGACAUGCACGUGGUCGUGAGAGGGGCCAUCGUGGAUUUAGACAGAGUGGGAAUCACACAGGAGGCAAUGAAAUGCCAUACAGAGAUGUACAUUAUAGAAACUGGUCUACCUAUCGAGAGGGUUACAUUGGGGAACCUCAGGGGGCACCUUUUGCUAAUUCAUCACUAAAUGCACAAGCUGCAGCAUUUGUCCCGAAGAUGCAAGGGAGCAGUGAUCAACAGCUCAUGUCUGACAGUGGCACAACUGAUCUGACUUCUGAGAUUGCACAACUCUCAUUACACAACAACCAUUCACCACGAAACCACCCGCGAAGAGGAGGGUCUCCUAGGAAGCUUUCGAAAUUACUAAAUUCUCCAAAACACGUAAAAAAAUACCCUAGUCACCAAUAUCUUACCGAGGCUGUGCGCUAUCUUCAAGAAUCAAUUGCUAUGACGAAAGAAUGCAAUCUCACCGCCAUCUAUGACUUAGGAUUAAACUAUAGGCGACUUGAUCAGGUGGAAACUGCAGUGGAGCAGUUUCGCAAGAUCAUCUCUGAUCCCAAUGCUUCACCUUAUUCCAAGAGUACUGCCUAUGAACAGAUUGGCUUUUGUCUGUUGGAGAUGAGUAAAGGAAGUCAAUAUAGUGACGUGGAGAAACUGAACUUCAGAGAGGAGAGCAAGAUGAUGAUGACACGAUGCAUAGAACAGACAGCCCUUCUUGUUGCUCGGAUUCCGGCAAUGGGAAAAGAGGAUUUCAACUCAUGGCAAGCACUGCCUACUUUGAAACAGCUUCUCACGAACGAGCCCAACAAGACUGAGAGUAUCCAGGAAAUAGCUAGAAUGUGUGCAUUAGUUGGUGACCACAGAGAUUCGAUAGAUUUCUAUAAAAAACUGCUGCUAUUGAAACCAGGUGAACCUACAUUACUUUCUGCAGUCAUUAAACAAUACAUGUGUUUACGUGAUUUUCACAAUGCCCGGUCAUGUCUACAACUUCUGUUGUGUACACGUGAAGGAAAACAGAUGGCCGACAAAGAACAAUAUUUAGUUUUCCAAGUUUAUCUUGGGAUUGCUAAACAUCUUCUUGACUCAGAGUCAACUCCUACAAGCAAAGAUGAUAUAAGGUCCUGUCUUCAGAGUGCUUUCACACACAGACAUGGGCGCAUUUCCGGUGAGGAUGACGAGGGCUGGGACGUCUUUGUACUGGAUGACCCCGGACAGACAGAUGCUGAGGCAGCAGCCAUCAUGUCAUGGUUUGGGGGAACGUGCGGCUUGUCUGUAACUCGGAACACUGAUGACGUUCUUGGCUAUGAACUUGAACUCACCGCGGAACUAAAUGCAGUGAAAAAAUGCAAAUGUUUGGUUGUCCUGUUGGGCAAAGCAACUGCUACCAAACGACUAGAGACUCUUGUUGCUCUCUCCCGCACUUGUGAUGGCUUGCAUGUGAUAGUUCCCAUACUGACCUGUCCAAGAACAGUUUUGCCGACCUUGGAAGACAAACGUCCAGUAAAGCUAUCACCAGACUUUCUGACAUGUCAACGUUCUCAACAACUCAUGAAUAUGUUUUUGUCCAUUCUGAAGCUGGAUUAUACCGAAUUUGCUUGGUUGGAUGAAAACAAUUAACAUUGAACAACAUUAAAUCCAUUUACAAUGACAUUUA